CAACUUUGAGGAUGUGUAUCGUCUCCACUUUACAAGUAAGAACACAUUGCCUGGAACCUAAAAAGAAUUCACAACUUUCAGUUACUGUUAUUACUACUGUUAACUGCUUCACAGAUAAUAAUUUAUAAAAAGUACAGAAGCUGCUUCAAAAAAGCCUAAGACUAAUGGGAAAAUAGAAAGAAGCCCACAGUGGCCUAGAGCAGAGCCAGGGUUCACCAAGUCAUAUCUGUCACCCAUACACGGAUUUCGGAGACCCGUCUCAUACUCCGUGAAGCUUCAAGACACCUGCCUUGCAGCUCACCCACAAGCCGCCCCUACCCGCCGGACACUGCCCUAACGCCACUUCCGACUACUUCCGCUCCGCCCCAGCCAGCCAGCGCAUGCGUCGUGGGGAUGUUUGCGCGCCCGCUCCCAACGCAGAGCGACACACCCAGUUUCCGGCGCCUAGACGAGAUUCCUCAAGGCACGGCGCCUAGUCAUGAUGUAAGUUCCGGUUGCGGUGCUGAGUCGGAAGUGGGAACCCUUCGGCCACUGAGACUCUGUCGUGUCGUCGCUGCUGACCCUUCUGGCUCUGCCCCUCCCCCUAGGUCUGGAUGGAGGAUACUUUAAAGUGAAAUGACAGACCAGGAGAAUAACAACAACAUUUCAAGUAACCCCUUUGCUGCUCUUUUUGGCUCCCUGGCUGAUGCCAAGCAAUUUGCAGCAAUCCAAAAGGAGCAGCUGAAGCAGCAGUCUGAUGAAUUCCCAGCCAGCCCGGAUGACUCAGAUAAUAGUGUGUCAGAGAGCCUGGAUGAAUUUGAUUACUCCGUGGCUGAGAUUAGCCGCUCAUUCCGUUCACAGCAGGAAAUAUGUGAGCAACUCAACAUCAAUCACAUGAUCCAAAGGAUCUUCCUCAUUACUUUGGACAACAGUGACCCAAGCCUGAAAAGUGGGAAUGGCAUCCCCAGCCGUUGUGUGUAUUUGGAAGAAAUGGCAGUAGACCUGGAAGAUCAGGACUGGCUUGAUAUGAACAACGUAGAGCAGGCUGUCUUCACUCGCUUAUUACUUCAAGAUCCAGGCAACCACUUGAUUAACAUGACUUCUUCUACAACGUUGAAUCUCUCUGCUGAUCGAGAUGCAGGGGAGAGGCACAUUUUUUGUUACCUUUAUUCCUGCUUCCAAAGAGCCAAGGAAGAGAUUACCAAAGUUCCAGAGAACCUGCUACCCUUUGCAGUGCAGUGCAGGAAUCUCACUGUGUCCAAUACCCGAACGGUUCUCCUCACCCCAGAGAUCUAUGUUGACCAAAACAUCCACGAGCAACUGGUAGAUUUGAUGUUGGAAGCCAUCCUAGGAGGCCAUUUUGAAAGUGUAGCUGAAUUUCUGGAUGAGAUCAUCGGAGCCUUGAUACUGGAUGAGGAAGUUCGAACAUUUUCAGAAGUCAUGAUUCCAGUGUUUGAUAUUUUAUUGGGCCGAAUAAAAGAUCUAGACCUCUGCCAGAUCCUGUUGUACGCAUACCUGGACAUUCUUCUCUAUUUUACUAGGCAAAAGGAUAUGGCAAAGGUUUUUGUAGAAUACAUUCAGCCCAAGGACCCUAAUAAUGGACAGAUGUACCAGAAGACCUUGCUGGGAGUAAUCCUGAAUAUCUCCUGCUUAUUAAAGACUCCGGGUGUGGUAGAAAAUCAUGGAUACUUCCUGAAUCCAUCUCGUUCCAGUCCCCAGGAGAUCAAAGUACAGGAGGCCAAUAUUCAUCAGUUCAUGGCUCGGUUCCAUGAAAAGAUCUACCAGAUGCUGAAGAACUUACUCCAGCUCUCUCCAGAAACCAAACACUGUAUCUUGUCCUGGCUUGGAAACUGUUUGCAUGCAAAUGCAGGCCGCACCAAGAUUUGGGCCAAUCAGAUGCCAGAAAUCUUCUUCCAAAUGUAUGCCUCGGAUGCCUUCUUUCUGAAUCUGGGUGCUGCUCUCCUGAAGCUGUGCCAGCCAUUUUGCAAACCCAGAUCCUCUCGGCUCCUCACCUUUAAUCCCACUUACUGUGCUCUGAAGGAGUUGAAUGAUGAAGAACGAAAAAUAAAAAAUGUACACAUGAGAGGUUUGGACAAAGAAACCUGUUUGAUCCCAGCUGUGCAGGAGCCGAAAUUUCCCCAGAACUACAACCUCGUUACAGAGAACCUUGUCCUGACAGAGUACACCUUGUACUUGGGAUUUCACAGGUUGCAUGAUCAGAUGGUAAAAAUCAACCAAAAUCUGCAUCGGCUGCAGAUAGCCUGGCGGGAUGCUCAGCAAAGUUCUAGCCCUGCUGCUGACAACCUCCGUGAGCAGUUUGAACGACUGAUGACCAUCUAUCUUUCUACCAAGACUGCCAUGACUGAGCCACAGAUGCUACAAAACUGCCUAAAUUUGCAGGUGUCCAUGGCUGUUCUCUUAGUUCAGCUGGCCAUAGGCAAUGAGGGCUCACAGCCAAUAGAGCUAACUUUCCCUUUGCCAGAUGGCUACAGUUCUUUGGCUUAUGUGCCAGAAUUUUUUGCAGAUAACUUGGGUGAUUUCCUCAUUUUUCUCCGCCGCUUUGCCGAUGACAUCUUGGAGACAUCAGCAGAUUCUCUGGAACAUGUCCUUCACUUUAUCACCAUUUUCACUGGAAGCAUAGAAAGGAUGAAGAAUCCCCACUUAAGGGCCAAACUGGCAGAGGUGUUGGAAGCAGUGAUGCCCCACCUGGAUCAGACCCCAAAUCCCUUGGUAUCCAGUGUGUUCCACCGGAAACGUGUGUUCUGCAACUUUGCCUAUGCAGCCCACCUUGCAGAAGCUCUAAUCAAGGUCUUUGUGGACAUUGAGUUUACAGGAGACCCCCAUCAAUUUGAGCAGAAGUUUAAUUACCGCCGUCCCAUGUAUCCCAUCCUCAGGUACAUGUGGGGCACAGAUAACUAUCGAGAGAGCAUUAAGGAUUUGGCUGACUAUGCCUCUAAGAAUUUAGAAGCCAUGAAUCCCCCACUUUUCCUCCGCUUUCUUAACCUGCUAAUGAAUGAUGCCAUCUUCCUUUUGGAUGAAGCCAUACAGUAUUUGAGCAAGAUAAAGAUUCAGCAGAUUGAGAAGGACCGUGGUGAAUGGGAUAGUCUGACUCCAGAAGCCCGCCGAGAAAAGGAGGCUGGCCUACAGAUGUUUGGACAGCUGGCACGUUUCCAUAACAUCAUGUCCAAUGAAACAAUUGGUACCCUUGCUUUUCUGACAUCAGAGAUCAAAUCACUCUUUGUGCACCCUUUCCUGGCUGAGCGCAUCAUCUCCAUGCUGAACUACUUUCUACAGCAUCUGGUUGGCCCCAAAAUGGGGGCCUUAAAAGUCAAGGAUUUCAGUGAAUUUGACUUCAAGCCCCAGCAGCUCGUUUCAGAUAUCUGCACCAUCUACCUAAAUCUCGGGGAUGAGGAGAACUUCUGUGCCACCGUUCCCAAGGAUGGACGUUCCUAUUCCCCAACUCUCUUUGCACAGACAGUCCGAGUCCUGAAGAAAAUAAAUAAGCCUGGAAAUAUGAUUGUGGCUUUCAGCAACUUAGCAGAGAGAAUCAAGUCUCUGGCAGACCUCCAGCAACAGGAAGAGGAGACCUAUGCAGAUGCCUGUGAUGAGUUCCUGGAUCCCAUCAUGAGCACACUGAUGUCUGACCCUGUGGUGCUGCCAUCUUCCAGAGUCACUGUGGAUAGAUCCACCAUUGCCAGACAUUUGCUCAGUGACCAAACAGAUCCCUUUAACCGUAGUCCCCUCACCAUGGACCAGAUCCGGCCAAACACAGAACUAAAAGAAAAAAUCCAACGGUGGCUCGCAGAGAGGAAGCAACAACAAAAGGAGCAACUUGAAUAAAUACUGUGACUUAAACAAACCAGAAACCAACCCCAGAUAAACAAAUGUUUGUGGUUUCUCUCUUUCUGGUUCUGUUCUUUUCCUUUUUCUUGCUUUUUUUUUUUUUUUUCUUCUUUCUUUACUAAAUUAGAGAAUGCUCUUGCUUGAAUUACGAUAAUUAAAAUUCCUAAGAACUUUACAGUGCCCUCCUGGCUUGCAGGAAAUUAUACUUCUUAUAGCAUCACCACAUUUAGAAAUCAUUACUAAUUUUCACCCUUCGCUGUCUCUUCCUUUUCCUCCUUUUCCUGUCUGUCCUAAGUUACAUUAACUUCAUCUACUAAAACCUCCUGCCACCUUACUCUUUCUCUUCUAAGAACUGCUCCAACAUCUUUGGUGAGCACUGCUCUUACGUAUAUGAUAUCACAUAUUUCAGUGAUCAACUGAUACCAGAAGGUCCUGUUUUAUCAGAGUAUUUACUAGUCUUCAUGACCCAGACUUUAGCCCUUUUCCUUGUUACAGCUCUGCAUUGUCACAGAAUAACCUUUUACAUAAAAGCAGACCCCUUGAUAUUUGAGUAGACUUUUGAAUAAGAUGAUAGAUGAGAUGAAAAAAGGAAUUUUAUGCAACUUCUUUGGUAGCUCUUAGUUUUGUGUUAUCUUGUAAUUCAAAUAUAUCUUGGAGGGCAAACACUCCCCUGUGGGGUUGUCAUUACCACAGAAAACUUAGCCCUAUAAUAUAUUUAGGAGGAUUGGUAAGACAAAUUUGCAGUUUUGACACUUUAUUCAAAAGUUCCAAGGUGGUAAAAUAAAGAAGGAUUUUGAGCCCUUUUUACCUUCUGGAAAUCAAAGACCAGAAAAGUAGUUUAGUAGAGUAGAAAAGUUGGGCAACAGAUACUGUAACCAUGAGAAAUGUCAUUUUAAGAAUAUCUCAAAAAUGAGUCUAAAAAAAAAUCACCUUGGUACAACAAUGUGUGUACACACACACACAUGCUUUUUUAUAUUGGUCUAGUGUAAACUGAGCAUCUCUUUAUGUUCUCUCUUCCAGAGAAAGAUGUAUGUAGUAUGUGGCCAUGUUUACUAACACUUAUUCUAGACAGAAUCCUGAGACUAUAAAACAUAUAUAGUUAAUGUUUGUUUGUGCUUACUACAUGAUUUCUGAGAGCUGCUUCUAACUCAGCCUUAGGUCAUCAAUUAACAUUGUAGGAGUUUGAGCACAACCUUGUCCACCAGCCAUUUUAAAUAUUCACUUAGCCCUAUGUAGUUAGUAGGUGGAUGGGCUGCACUUUCACAAGUUGAGCUUGAGUUCCCCACUCAAUAGUGUAGCUUAACAUGCUGAGUGAGGCACAUUCCCCUAUGGAGUGUCUGUAUCACUAUUCCUCUAAGCCUGAAAUAUAACUAACAGGAAAAGCGAUAUGAUCUAGAAACAGGGGUCAUUGCUUCAUUUAGAGGACGUUAUUAUUAACCACAACCUGUUUCAAAUAAGAUGGUAGUUUUAUGAUAUUCCAGCACGAGCUGUUAUAAGCAGUCUUUGAUGUGUUUUUGAUGGUAUCAGCUGGAAACCCUCAAAUCGGAGGGCAUCCCACACUAGAUAGAAAGUAGAUGUUGCCUGUUGCCGUGCUUAUAAAUGAAAAAGCCUGGCUGGAACUCUUGCAAACGCCAGAAUGUAAGAUAAUAAUUCACUAUGCUCCUUGAGCCUUUAAGAUAUAGGUUGACAGGAUUUAUUUCUUAAAAUGAGCUUCAUUUCAUAUUUAUUAUCUUCAUUUAUAUCUCUGAGAAUUAACUAUAUAAAAAAAAGCUUCUGUCUGCUUGUAUUUAUCUUCCAAACCCAAUCUAAUAGGAUAUUUUGACUUUUAAAAGAAGUGGAGAAAAGACCAGAAUUUUAUAGGAGAAAAUUGGAAGAAAAAACGGGCACAAAACCUCAGAAGGCAGCUGUUCCCAGCAGCUUUCUAUUGAACAACCUCUAUGCUGCCUCUUGUAUCUGUGUCUGUAUUCUACUUCUGUGUUUAGUCUUCAGAUUGUAAGCCUUUCUGGCAAGCUUGUUUUUGUUUUUUUUUAAAAAAGCUCUUUUCCUGAAACUUUUUAUGAAAGGCUAUGGCACCAUUAAUGCUGCUGAGUAUCUUUAAACUCAUUACAAAGACAAGUGCAUAGCUUAAGGCCACUAAUGGUAAGGAAGCCAGGUGUCCUCUGUGCCUUUUUUCUUUCCUUGAAGUAAUUUAAGAACACCCCAAAAAUGAGACUAAAAAAUUAUCAUCUUGGUACAACAUGGUAUUUAUAUAUGCACUUGGACGCUUAAAGAGGUGUUGUGUUGUCCAGAAUGCAGAAGCAGCUCUAAACUUAUUAGAGCAAACUUUCUGAUAUAUCAAGUUUUGUGUGUUGGCUUUGCUAGGGUAUGAUAGGAAAAUGAAGACUCUUUAAUCAGCUCUAGUAUUGCUUUUUAAGAGGGUAAUACUAAACUUGGAAAAUUAUUUAAGUAGGUUUUAUCAAGCAAUCUGGGUUGUUUUUUUUUAAUAUAGUUUUUAAUAGAUAUUUGAAAAGUGAAAGAAACUUCAGAGGUUUUUUAAUGGUGCAGGUGAAGGUGCCGGUUGCUAUUUGAUAUCACACCCUACAAAAGCUUCAUUACUUUAUUUGAUGCUGGUUGCUAAGCAGCCAUUGCACAGAGCAUAAGUCUACUGGGUGCCUUUACAAGCCAGAGGCUUGAUGCUGCACUGAUGAUGUCACGUGAGAAAAUAAUGCACAUGCUCUAACUGCUAAACAGGAAAAGAAACCUAGAAACAAAAUGAAGAACAAAAUGACAAAAAAGUUUGAUUGAAAUAAAAUUUGAUCAACAUAACUGUAUUUGGAAACAUUCCAGGAAGGUUACUUCUGAUCAAACUUGCCUGGGGGUGUUUGUUCAAAGCUUGUAUUUAAUAAAUGAACAUCUGACUUACAA